AGAAAAUGGCUGGCGUGGGCACGGUUCCGGGUUUCAAACUCAGCGUUCUAACUGGAGGCCGGAAGUUAGUAAUAACAACCCGUUGUCAUCGCUGUUUGGGUGGUAUCAUCAUGAAAAAGUGAUGUUUAUGUUUAAAAUAAGGUUUUUGGAGGGAAAGAAUGUUUGGAAUAUUUCAGUAUUUAUAAGUGAUGACAAUUCAGUUGCCUUUAAAUACUUGUUUGUACUGUGUAAUUAGUUCAAAAAGCUUUUGGGUUCAGCCAAGAACCCAGCAUCUCUACUACUUGUGUAGACCUAAGCUUUUUGGGAGGAUAAGAUAUGUUAUUCCUCUUAGAGUUUUACAUACAGGCCAACCCCAUUGUAAAUGGACUAGAGGCAAAACUCUGUGGUAUACGAAGUACCUCUACUGCCAUGGCUUUUUGCAUUGUAGGAUUUUUAAACUUAGCACUUCUAAGGAAUUAACAAACAAUCGCAUGUCACGAUUUAAGAACACUUUAGAAUCUGUUUCAAAAGCUGUGUCUGUAACUCACAGUGAACUGGUUUCACGUAUAGCUCGUCUAAGACCUCAUUCUGGUAUACUGAGCAAAUCGACUGAAGAAAACAGGCAAGAUAAUACUUUUCACGUUACUGUAGAAAAUGACAGACAAACCACAAAUAUCAGGUCUUGGGAAGACUGCGAUGAUAGCUUAGACAUAAAGAAAUCUGUCUCGGUGAGUGGAGACCUAGAUCUGGAAAAUAUUAGUCCGGGGCCACUGAAAGAGCGUACGGAUCUCAAAAACAGCCUUUUCCACGUUAGUUACUUUGCCACAAACUUCGGAGAAACAUACAAUUUCCUUGCCAGUCACAUCAAUUGGUAUUUCAGCACUAGUGUUAUGGAUAAAGAGAAAAAAGGGAGCGCAUUCCCCCCUCAACCAGAGACUCAAGCAGGAGAAGCACCGGAUCCACCAGAAGAAGACAUAUUAAGUAAUGAAAACAGGUUGAAUGCAGCCUCUGCUUUAAUUCCUUCAACUCAGUGUCCGGAUCCUGCAAAGGCCAGCACCACUUCUCUGGCUUCCAGCAAAAAAAGUAUUGCAAAUCUUCUUUCUUAUCCUAGUAACAGUGUGCAGGCCUUUGUGGAUAGUUACAUUGGAGGGCUGGUGCCCAAACUGCGUGCUGAUACAAAAUCUGCUUUGCAAGAAAAGACCAAGGAACAAGAACACGAGGAAACUUUGAAAGAUGACGAAGAGACCAAAAGAGCAGAAGAGAAAGAGAAGAGGCUGUCUCUUCAAAGGGAAAAGAUUAUUGCAAGGGUGAGUAUUGAUAACAGAACCCGAGCUUUAGCUCAAGCGUUACGAAGAUCAUCUAACAGAAGAGUCUAUAUCAACAGGGUUGAAGAAUUGACAUACCAUCUUUUGGAAUUUCCAGAAAGUAGAGGAGUUGCUAUUAAGGAAAAAAUCAUUCCCUGCUUGUUGCGUCUCAGACAGGCAAAUGAUGAAGCUCUUGAGGCUGCUGUUAGGGAGGCUUUGGCAGUAAUAGGAUAUACAGAUCCUGUGAAAGGUUGGGGCAUUCGUAUUCUCACUAUUGAUGGUGGGGGAACAAGGGGUUUAGUGGCACUUCAGACUCUUCGGAAACUCGAAGAGCUUACUGGAAAGCCUGUUCAUCAUCUCUUUGACUAUAUUUGCGGAGUGAGUACAGGUGCUAUACUAGCAUUUAUGUUGGGGUUAUUCCAUAUUCCACUGGAUGAGUGUGAAGAACUAUAUCGCAAACUAGGAACCGAUGUGUUCAAACAAAAUGUCAUUGUUGGGACUGUUAAAAUGGGCUGGAGCCAUGCAUUUUAUGACAGUGAAUCCUGGGAGAAGAUGCUAAAAGACAGAAUGGGAUCAGAUAUUAUGAUUGAGACAGCAAGAAAUCCAAGGUGUCCCAAGGUGGCUGCAAUAAGCACCAUUGUAAACCGAGGCACACCGUUGAAAGCUUUUGUAUUUAGAAAUUACAAUCAUCUACCUGGAGUCCAGUCUCAUUACCUUGGAGGUUGUCAGUAUAAAUUAUGGCAAGCGAUCCGAGCAUCAUCUGCUGCACCAGGCUACUUCCAGGAGUACACGCUGGGCGAUGACCUUCAUCAGGAUGGAGGGCUGCUCUUGAAUAACCCUACAGCUUUAGCCGUGCAUGAAUGCAAAUGUCUUUGGCCGAAUAUGCCCCUGCAGUGUGUAAUAUCCUUGGGAACUGGCAGAUAUGAAAGUGACGGGAAGACCAAUGUCACCUAUACAAGUCUGAGAGCUAAGCUGACUAACGUCAUUAGCAGUGCCACUGACACUGAAGAAGUCCACACUAUGCUAGAUGCUCUUUUGCCUCCAAACACAUACUUCAGAUUUAAUCCUCUGAUGAAUGAAGACAUAGCUCUAGAUGAAAGUCGUAAAGAAAAGCUUAAUCAGUUACGGACGGAUGGCAUUCGAUAUUUAGAACGGAAUGAAGAGAAGCUGAAGAAAGCUGCCAAAAUAUUAACACAGGAAAAAACAACUUUGCAGAGAUUCAAUGACUGGAUCAGAUUGAAGGCUGACAUGUACGAAGGACUACCAUUCUUUUCCAAAUUAUAAAUAUAUCACCAGUGUAAAGCUUAUUUCAGCAAUCUGUACUGUACUAAAAGAGCAAAAUUUUACUAGCUGUUGUAAUUCCUUAUGAAUAGCUGUUUAUAAAGUCACAGAGGAGGAGUACUUCCAUCAGUGAUGGCACAGGGCAAGCUUGUUGCCUUGGAUCUGAAGAUUAAAUUGCAUGAACUUUCAGUACUUUUGCUCAUAUGAGGAAUGGGAAAAGGUUGUCUGAUCCUUCCUCCCCUCCCUGGUAAGACCCCUGAAAAGCUGCUCUUGAAAGCUUCCUGAUUUUUCUAGAUCCAGUUGCCUUUUUCAGAAUGGUUGCUGAGAUAACACCUUUUUGGAUCUGUGCUCUUCUUCACAAUUUUUUGAAAGAGAUUUUACUAGGUCAGUGUUUUCAGAGCUUCACAGUACAAAUUAAAAUUAAAUGCUGGAUUCAUCUGGAUUUUUAUCCAUUGUUUGUUAUGGUCUAUUUAAAUUUGUGAUAAUGAUGAAAGAUUAAUUUGUAUAUUCCAAAAUCAUGCUUUUGACACAACCAUAAGUUGAUCAUUUUGGAGUGGGAGUAUAGAUCAAACUGGACACCCUGCUCUGUACUUAUAUCAGAAUAAGUAAAACCAAUUUAGCCCACUGAAACCAAUGGAACAAAAUUGUGAUAAGUCUGUACAUUUCUUCGUUUUAACUGAGUUGCAGAUUUAGUUGCAAUUAUUGUAAAUUUGCAGAAUGCCUCAGGGUUGUGGCACUGCCAGUAAAUGUCAUCCCUUCUGUGUAAUGGAGAUGUAUAGUGCCUUCUGGCAAAAUUUGUGCAUGUAGACAAAUUUUUACAUUUUCAAAUAAUGCUAAAAUACAAUGUAUAUCAUGUACAUUGGGAUCUGUACAUCAGUUUACUUUAUGAAAUUCACUAUUUAGCUGAUUACCCUAAGGUCUAAAAUAGCUAACAUCUGCCUGUAUUUUCUUUGAAACAUUAAAGACUUUUCAUUGGUUCUGUUGCUACAUAAUUUCCUAUUUGAAUGUAACUCUGAAAUAUACUGUAAACUUUGUCUUGCAAGAAAGAAAAUAAAUUCUUAAACUGA